AUGGAUCCAUCCUUCUCCCCACCGCUUCACGGGCAAAGACAUCAGUUUGUUAUAGAUUUUGUGAACAAGAACAAACCCAAAAAAGUGGCGGAUUUGGGCUGUGGUGAAUGUACGCUCCUGAAAAGGCUGAAGUUUCACCGUGUAAUUGAACUGCUGGUCGGAGUGGACAUCGACGGACGCAAAAUCAAGAAAAAUAUGCAUGCAUUAGCUCCCAUCUCAACUGACUAUUUGCAGCCAAGUUUUGAUCAGCUGCGUGUUGAACUGUACCAGGGCUCAGUCACACAAAGAGACGCUCGCCUCAGAGGGUUUGAUCUGGUGGCCAGUAUAGAGCUCAUAGAGCACCUCUCUCUUGCUGAUGUGGAGCCUUUUUCAGAGGUGGUGUUUGGUUACAUGGCUCCAGUGGCAGUUAUCAUCAGCACCCCAAACUCUGAGUUCAACCCCCUUUUUCCUGGACUGACAGGUUUCAGGCACAGCGACCACAAGUUUGAGUGGACCAGAGCAGAGUUCAGGUCUUGGGCUCUGAAGGUGUGUCUGGACUACGGCUAUGAGGUGGAGUUGACGGGGGUUGGACGGGCACCUCCACACCUGCAGGAGGCUGUAGGAUUCUGCUCCCAGAUCGGCGUGUUCCACAGGCUCGGUGGGAGAGACAGCAUCAACCAUCUGUGUUGUGAUGAUGGCGAAGGCAUGUUUUCAUACACACUGCUGUAUAGUAUAAACUACCCCAGCCUGCGUGACAAUAACAUCCUGCGGAGGGUCCUGGUGAACGAGGUUCUUUACUCAGCAGAAAAGCUGAAGCAGAGAUGGAUGGAGAGGAGGAUGGAUGAAAGAAAUGAAGCACUUCCUCUGAGUCAUGCUGAGGGGGAAGGAGGAUGGGAGGUUUGUAUCGCUGUACGGAACACAGAUAUGGAGGAGGAGUCUGCAGCAUGUGGAGAAGAACUGAAGCAUCCAAGGGAGCCAAGGCAGAGCGGUGUGGCAGAGAACAGGGGAGGACAGUGUGAAGAGGUGUUUUGUAUCAACAGCACAAAUGAGGAGUCUUGCACGUCUCACAGAUGUGUGUCUGUACCCCUGUCGGUGCUGUGGUCCUUCAGCCCCAAAAUCAGCACACUGGGUGGAAGUCUUGCCAAUCUUAGGCAUCUACUGACAGAUGACCCUUUAAUCAGGCUUAACCAGGACAGAUCAGCCGUGCUUCUGAGUCUCCCAGAACAAGACCAGGAAGAAGACGACAGGGACGGGUACGACUUGGAGGACAGCGGGUUUGCAGAGGACAGCCGAUGCUCUGUCAGCGCCGAGCAAGAGGAAGACUGGGAGCCAGAUACUUGA